AUGGGAAAGCUGCCCGAGCGGAACGACAUCCCACCUUGGGUGGGGGCUCCCGAAGUCCUGAAGGAGCCCGGGGUGUUCCAGGUGCAGACGGGGCUGCUGGAAGCCGUGUUCCGCCCCGACGGAUCUCGAAUCCCAUUCGUCGAGCAGGUGAGCAAAGUCGUGCUGCAGAUGAAGGGUCUGGAAACUUCGGACCUCGCCGAAGUCAUGGUUUACGGCUCUUAUUUGUGCAAGUUCCAGACCAAGUGGGUGCUCCAGUCCGUGGCCUGGCGGCACCGCCAGCGGCGCAAGCAAGGGAUGCUGCAACCUGAGGAAGCCAUGAAUUCGCUCGACGUAGCUCCUCGGAUGAAGGGAAGCCAGUUUGCAGCCAGACCAACCUGGGACCGUGGGAGAAUUGCUGCCCUGGCCUCCGAAGGGAAGAAUUGUCACCUGCGGAAUGCCCAUGAGUCUCAACCCACCAAGCUGGGCUGGUUCAAGAGCUUCCUGGUCCAACAGCUGCGCUAA